AUGGUUACUCCUGAUUCUGUGCUUCCUUUGCUUUGUCUGUGUUGUUUUCUGCUUCCUUUCUCAGUUGCCUGUCCAACAGGGGCUUUUCCCUGUGGACAUCUUGGGCAGAUCCACUUCCCCUUCUUCGACAACACAACGGACUCAUCAUGUGGUUUACUACCCAUAUCAGGCUGUGAUGAUCCAUGGGGACCCAAAAGGGUCCAAUUGGGAAGAGAACGGUUCCAGGUUGAGCAAAUUUCCCAGGAGGAUGAUCAACAUGUAAUCAUGAUUCGUGACCCCUGGUUUCAAGAGAGCGUAUCGAAUCCUUGCAGUGUCAUCGACUACAAAGUUGCUUUUCACGCGGAGUCUCUUCCUCUGUCUUUCUCUUUUUUAAACGGCAUUUCCCUUUUGAAAUGCGACGAGCCUCUCGACUACAACAACGUCUUAUAUCGCUGUGAUGGCUACUGCAUUUACUAUCCUCCCAAAGAAGCUAGUCACUGGCCCGACCCUUCUAAAGGAUGUUCUCUUGUCCAGCUUCCAAUAUUUGAAGCUAAGUUUCCCGGCUCAACCAACAUAUCCUUAUUGGAUGAAAUCUAUAUACAAGUGCAUCUAUCUUUCUCUUGUUUGGAUGAGAAAUGCGGUGCCCAUGAGCUCAAGAAAAACGAUUCCAAGCCUAUGACACCGGAGUGCAAGAAAAUCGAUUCCAAGUCUAGAAUAAUAGGUGUUGCUUUUGCAAGUGCUGCCGUGAUUGUAAUUAACUUGAUUGCUAUUCUAUUGUGGAACAAGCGAAGAUAUAAUUCUUUAAGCUCACAAAAUAAGUCGAGAAGCAUUGCACCUGAUAAUCCUCACUCAAAUGCAAUCCUAGAAAGUGGAGAUAUUUACUUUCGUGUCCCUGUUUUCUCCUAUGAGGAACUCGAAGAAACAACAGAAAAAUUUGAUGGAGCAAGAGAACUUGGAAGAGGAGGCUUUGGAACUGUUUACUAUGGAAAGCUUAAAGAUGGACGAGAAGUUGCUAUUAAGCGCUUAUUUGAGCGCAACCCUACAUGUGUACAACAAUUCAUGAAUGAAGUUAAGAUCCUCACACGCUUGUGCCACAGAAACCUUGUGUCGCUGUAUGGCUGCACUUCACAUGCCAGUCAUGAACUGUUGCUGGUUUAUGAAUACAUUCCAAAUGGAACUCUUGGUUGUCAUCUCCAUGGAAAUCUAGCAAAACCUGGUUCAUUGCAAUGGUCUGCGAGGAUGAGGAUUGCCCUAGAGACAGCAAAUGCAUUGUCCUAUCUCCAUGCUUGUGGCAUCAUUCACCGUGAUGUCAAAUCCAGCAACCUUCUUCUUGAUCACCAUUUUUGUGUCAAGGUUGCUGACUUUGGUAUUUCCAGGUUGUUUCCUAAGUUUGCAUCUCAUGUCUCCACACCUCCAGCUGGCACGAUAGGUUAUUUGGAUCCAGAAUAUCAUCAAUUCUACCAGCUUACUGAAAAGAGUGAUGUUUAUAGUUUUGGAGUUGUACUCAUUGAGCUGAUAUCUUCUAAGCCAGCUAUCAUUAAUACAAGGGACAAUGAUAAGAUUAGUUUGGCAAAUAUGGCAGUUAAGAAGAUUCAAAGAAAAGCAUUUAAUGAGUUGAUAGAUCCUUCCCUUGGGUUUGAGACAGAGGACAAGGUUAAAGAGAUGAUAAUCUCAGUGGCAAACUUAGCUUUUCAGUGCCUGCAAAGGGAUGGGGAGCUAAGACCUUCCAUGGAUAAAGUAAUGGGCUUUCUGCAGAAAAUUCAAAACGGGGAGGAUGAUUAUCUUAAGCACCUAGAGUUUCAUCGUUCUAGGUUUUCAAAUUGGGAGAUCCAUACAUCUCUCCCAACAUCAGCACUUUUGGAUGGAUCGGUUGGAUCAUUGAACAAUUCAUUGCCACAGUGCCCUCCCCAUACAGUAUGAUCACUAUUGGAAAAGUAGUUUUUACUAUACACUAAUGUCAUAACAUAUCCAUUUGAUUCUCUUGAAAGGAUAAUAAAGACACAAUUUUUGUGAGCAUUCAUCCUCAACUGAGGAUGAGUUAGCCUAUCAUCUACUUGUACUAGAUCUCAUAUGACAAGGAAAAUCCUUGUCAUCACGUAAACAUCUAAGGAAAACCCUCACUCGAAGAGAAAAAGUUUUAAUGUACGAGAGAAUUAGAUUGUUUCAUGCAAUAACUAGAUUGAAGAUUUUAUCCGGUUGUGGGGAAUUAAGGGCUGCAAUUCCUUCCCCAUGGAACACGCAACACAAGUCCGAGCUCCCUAUUGACAGAAACCAGCAUCCAUUAUAUUCCAUGUCAGUUAUUAUCUAUGUCUUGUGUAGCAGUUGUAUGCAGUUAUUUCCUUUUCUGUCUUUUAAGUUUAUCCACGCUAGGAGUUAUCUGCUAGUUAUUGUGGGUUGUGUCUGGCUAUAUAAGCCUAAUAUGUGAGAAUUAUCGUGGAAACGAAGUACCAUUCAGUAACCACUCCUUUUUCUCUCAUAUAGAAUUAUUGCAGAUUCUGGUUCUAGA